GAUGGCAGCAAGCUUCUCACGUAAUGCAAUGGCUGCAAUGGCCUUCUGGUGCUUUGCAAGUGGGAAGAAGGGCCCCGUAAAGCCUUUGAUCAGCAUCAGUGCGGUGCAGCAGGAUGAGUACCAGUGCACUCGUUGCAGAUGGACUGCAAAAGUACUCCGAGCAGCUUUGGGAGAGCACAAGUGGGGGCGGCGUGCGGGUGCAGCAGCACAGCGACGAAACACCGCACAGAAGGUACUGGAGGCAGCCGACCAGCAGAAGGUAUGCAGCAAGCGACGAUUUCCAAAGCGAAUUCGUAUCAGGCAAAAGCGGGAUACUAUGAGAGUCUCCUUCGUUGAUGAGAACGAGCCAGAGGUCAAUGGCGGAUUUCGCUACAGAGAUGUGACGGAGAACAUGCAGGUGGUCGUAGACGGAUUGGUGAGACACUGCGAACAGAUGCUUCCGCAACUGCAGGGUGAGCUGCUCACAAGGGCCUACAGGUUCACAGAACAAUCAGACGAGUUCAGAGUUAGCACUGCGUUCACUGAUAGAUACUUUGCUGAGCCAAGUUGAGGAUGGGUUUGUCACCGUGCUACUGGUCUUUGCCCAGAUGAUGAGUUUCCAGAGAAAGACGAAGAUGAAGCUGAUGAAGAUGAUGAGUUGUGAGAUUCAAUGUGGUUUUCGAACUAGGACUAGGAUUUGUGUCAAUGCUUUCGUACGGUCCCUAGCUUAGUUGAGAAGCAGGUUACGUCAGGUUACCAUUUCAACUUCAAAGUUAGGAAGUUAGGUCAUGUGAUGUUAAGUGACGUUAAGACACGUUGAGCUUUCUGACAGCGCCACGAGUUGGGACCUCAAGAUUUGCAGAGAAAAAA